AUGGGACCAUCGAAACAAUUCGCCUUUGUCAACAUCUCCCACCCCGAAGAAGGCCGGAGUCGCCGCGUCUUGACCUCGGUCCGCCGCCACGUCAUGGCAGAUGUUGGUCGAGCCAAGCGCAAAAGGCCGAAAUGGAAGAUUGUUCCCCUUGAGAUUUCCAGCAGAGGCAGAUCACCCGAAGGCAAUGCAGCACAUGUCGAUACAAGCGAGACGCCUCCUCUCGCACGAAUGCCGCCGUCCUUUCAGACGCAUCUUGUAGAUCCUGAUACCCAUGCUUGCGAGCUCAUAAACUUCAUGACUGCCGAGGCCGACUACGUAUACCGACCGUUCCGCAUCUCAUGGGUCCAGAUUGGACUCUCCGAUGCAACCGCGUUCAAUUUAUGGCUCGCGCAAAUCGUUGUGAUUCGAAGCGGUGUCUCGUACGAGGGAGGAACAGCGUCACCUGAGACAGAGUACUUGGUCAACUCUGACGCGAAUAGAUACUAUAGCAAAUCGCUCACCCAGCUGUCCCAUCGACUGAGCAACCGCCAAGAGUGUAUAAGUAGUGGCGUGAUAGCAACCAUUAUGGGCUUCAUAUGCAUCGAUACACGAGUCGGGAACUGGGACCGAUACUCCAUUGACGCUGUAAGCAGCGUCGAUCUCAUAGGAGCAUCCAUGCUUGAUCGCUACCCACGCUUCCCGAUCCCAAGACGAUUCAACACUUCUUCCAACAUGGACCCGAACGACGAUGCUCCCGACAGGUUGCGCGAGUUACUUCAAACAGCAGAAGAGGUGGCCCCCGAAGGAAAGCGAAUAUACGCUAUGUUGAGAAAGAUCGCAGCCGUCAUCAGUAUGGUCAACCAAAACGCCAACGAUGCCCUCUUCUGGACUCAAGACGCAGUUCUGGUCGAGAAACUGGGGCUCGCAAGCCACUUCAUAUUAUCAGUGCCAAAAACUGCAGAAGAAAAUCCCCAGUUGGACCACUCCGUGUUUUUGGUACAGAGAAUGGUGCAGCUGGCAUGCCUGAUGAUCAUCUCCAGGCUGAAGCAACUGGCAGCCUUCCACUGCGCCGACAUGGACCCUCUCCGCGAGCGAUUCGCCAGCCUGUUCCACGAGCCUCGCAACGAGAUUCGAGCCGAGCUCGAGAUGCUGCGGCUUUGGGCAGUUGUGACGGCCUGCUCAUUGACGAACAUCGAAGCACAAGGGCCAUUUAUCCUCGAGGCAAGGUAUUUAAUAAGGGCAUUAGGCUACCGUACAGCUGAGGAAGCACUUGAGCACGUCAAAGGACUGCUUUGGCUGGAAGAUAUCGGCAUAAUCACACCCGAGGAUCUGGCUUGGUGUUGUAGUAGGUAG